CUGUCCCUCUUCGUUUUUGUAAUUCACUGCAGUUGCUGCACAAGAAGCGACAGAGGUUGCCAAUUAGGGAGCAGGUAUAGACCUUGGUCAACCGUCAUUCCAGUGUCAGCAGCUGACACAAAUGCCUUCUGGAUUCUGGACAGAUGCAUUUAAAGCAGAAUUUGGCACAAAGGAGGUAAAUUAAUGAUGCAAGAGGAAUUAAACGUGAUGAAGAAAGAGGAUGCUCAUUUCAAUACGGACAAUAUACAAACAUUUCCGUUUCCCCACUGCUUGGAACCUGUGACCAAGUCAGAUGUAGCUUCACCCCUUGAUGAAGAAUUCAGAAUCAGAACUCAGCUUGCACAGUUUAGAUAUGGCCCUACACCAGAUAUACCGAGCUUGCAUGGCUCCUUAGAAGGAGGAUCCCAUAAGCGUAAAAGUGUGCCUACAAAAAUGCUUUCUGCCAAUUCUCCAGGGGAUGCUUCGGCUCCAGUGCUCAGUUCUGCCGAGAACACUGCAGAAGGUUCUCCCAGCCUUCCUUUAAUAAUCCAGCACCACACACAGCCAAAGUACAACUUUCACAUGAUCGACCUGUGCAACAUUGGAUUUCAGUUCUACAGGACUCUUGAACACUUUAGAGUGAAACCUGUAAAAGAGGAAAUAGUAAAGCCCAAUGUGAUGUGGCCCAAAACCACUGCCUUUCUGCAGACUCCCUACCCAUACUAUCCUAAAGUUCAUCCUGGUCUGAUGUAUCCUUUUAUUAUGCCUCAAGAUUUUCAUUUCAGAAGUCCCUUCCCACUGAAAAGGGCCCCGGAGCCCCCCUUUGGGAGCUCUGAGUUGGCAGAACAGGAUGAAAAUAAACAGAAGGUGGAAAGGGUGGAUGUUAACAUUCAGAUUGAUGACAGCUAUUAUGUUGAUGUGGGAGGGGAACAAAAACGCUGGCAGUGUCCUAUGUGUGACAAGUCCUACACAUCGAAGUACAAUUUGGUCACUCACAUCUUAGGGCACAGUGGCAUCAAACCACAUGCUUGCUCUCGAUGCGGCAAGCUUUUCAAACAGCUGAGUCACUUGCAUACCCAUAUGCUAACCCACCAGGGCACCAGGCCUCAUAAGUGCCAGGUGUGUCACAAGGCCUUCACGCAGACCAGCCACCUGAAGAGACACAUGAUGCAACACAGUGACGUGAAGCCCUACAGCUGCAGGAUCUGUGGGAGAGGUUUUGCCUACCCCAGCGAGUUGAAAGGCCAUGAAUCCAAGCAUGAGAAUGGCCGGGAGAAUAUUUGCAUUGAGUGUGGUCUUGACUUUCCAACCUUGGCUCAGUUGAAGAGACACUUAACAGCACAUCGAGGCCCUGUACAGUAUAACUGCACAGAAUGUGAUAAAACUUUCCAGUACCCAAGCCAACUGCAGAAUCAUAUGAUGAAGCACAAGGACAUCCGUCCCUACAUCUGCACUGAAUGUGGCAUGGAGUUCGUGCAACCUCAUCACCUCAAGCAGCAUUCUUUGACUCAUAAGGGUGUGAAAGAGCACAAGUGUGGAAUCUGCGGACGGGAGUUCACACUACUCGCCAAUAUGAAGAGGCAUGUCUUAAUUCAUACCAACAUCAGGGCCUAUCAAUGCCACCUGUGUUUCAAGAGCUUUGUGCAGAAGCAGACUCUCAAGGCCCACAUGAUCGUCCAUUCAGAUGUCAAGCCUUUCAAAUGUAAGCUGUGUGGAAAGGAAUUUAAUCGAAUGCAUAAUUUAAUGGGACACAUGCACUUGCAUUCAGACAGCAAGCCAUUCAAAUGCCUCUACUGUCCCAGCAAAUUUACCUUGAAGGGGAACCUCACCAGACACAUGAAAGUCAAACAUGGAAUCAUGGAAAGAAGAUUUCGUUCUCAAGGCCUUGGUAGAGAAAGAGCGAGAGCAUCACCAACAGAUGCUAUACAAAGCCGGGAACAGGAAGAACCAUUUGACCUCUCUCAAAAAAGUCAAGGAAAAGUACUUUCAUUUCAUACUGAUGGUGAGUGUGCUAAAGAAAGCCCAUAUCCUGAGGAAGAGAUGGACAGCUGCUAUAGGGCAGAGAGGUACAGCCCUAGCAUGUACCACAGUGACAGUAAGGUGUUUCAGCUAAAGAAGCUUUCAAGCCUUCCAGAACAACAGAGUGAAGAAUCAUCCUGUGAUGGUAAAGGGAAACCCCUAAAUGGAGAAAGAGAGAAGCAGAAAGAAAACAAGGACAAAGAAAGCCAACAAGAGGAAGACUUUACGGAUAACGGUGAGGAGCACCUGAGCUUUAGACACUUUGAAAAUAACAGGUUCAGUCAGUCUUUCUCUGACUACCUGUAUUUUCAACACAGAAAUAAGAGUUUAAAGGAACUGCUGGAAAGGAAAAUGGAAAAGCAAUCUGUAUUUCUGGGAAUCUGAAUGGAUGCUUACCCUCAGGAAAGGGUUGAUUCUUUUCACUGUUGGGCUUCACACCAAGAUGGUAAAAGAGCACAAAUAAUCUAAGAUAGGCAAAAAAAAAAUCAUUUGUCAUUAAACUAUUUUUUUUUCAUUUUUCCUAUUUUAUGCAGUUAUGUCACAGAUAUUAAAAGGCAGUUCACAGCAUUCUGUCCCACUUUCUCCCAAAGUCUCUCUCCCUAACAUGACCAAGAAUCAUAAUCUGAGUCUGGGCCAUAUGGUCUUGGUUGUCAGUAGCUGCCAUUGAAUUCUAUUAAACCGGCUGCAAUUUGGACAUUAUGGAGAAUUAGGAUUGGAGAGAACGCCUCCUAAUUCCAAAUGCAGGGUAUCAGGGACAAGAAGCACCCAGGGAUUCCCAGUUCUGAGGAGAUUCUGCAUCCACUCACCAAGGCAGCAACACUCAUAAUGCCUUUAAGGCAGCACCUGCCAUACUUUUUUCAGGAUAAAGAUGACACCAGAUUUGAGAAUUCGUCUGCCAUUUCCUGGACUGUCUUUGUUCUAGAAUGCUCCAUUUGGGUCCUGGUGCCUACCUAGUUCUGUCCCCAAGGCCCUUGGAUCCAAGUAGAGCAUUCUAGAACAAAGAUGGUCCAGGAAAUGGUGAAUGGAUUCUCAAGUCUGAUAACAUCUUUAUCUUGAAAAGGGUAUUGUUAGCUGUUUUACAGUGAUUAACAAUCAACUGGGAAGGGGAAAUAAUGGAGUUAGUCAUAGUUGAGAUGCUGGUGUAGUGGCAGCUUCCCAUGGGAAUUGCUCACAUCCCAUGGGAAUUCCAGUGCAGUGGAGCCUCUACUGAGGACUUUGUAAGGGAAAGUAAAACAUGCUAGGCCAGUGAUGGCAAACCUUUUUGAGACCGAGUGCCCAAACUGCAACCCAAAACCCACUUAUUUAUCACA